GAGAGAGGCCGUAAAUGGCAUGCGCCGAGUUCGUCACGUGACUCUACGUUUUUAUCCCCUACGUCACGUGACAACACAGUUCAAACGAAUAUGUCAAGUUGAGACAUCUCUUUUCUGUGACAGGUCUGCCCGGAGGCAAUGGAUGGAUUUUCUGUGACGAUUACAGAGGCGGUGUGUCUUGGGACCAGCAUUGCCCUCUCAGGCAUCUGCUACUAUCUGUACAGGAAGAGCCGGGCGACAGUAGAUAAACUUGAUGAGAUCAACACUCUGCUAAUGUUUCUGAACCGUGCUUACAGAAGAGGCCAAUCUUCUAGACCAGCAGCUUAUCACAAAGAAGCUCCACACUUCAACAUAGAUAAGAAACUUAAAGACAUUCUGAAAGUAACUCCAGGAGCGUGUCUACAGUAUGCUGUCAUCGAAGGAGCUGUGAAACCAGUGGGCAAACCUCUGACGAGUCUCUUCCAAAAAGAGGCUGUCGGAGUGUUGCAGAGAUACAUGUUGAAAGAACAUAGGCUGGUGUGGAAUCGCCUAUCAAGCACUUGGACAGACAGUGAGCUAGUCUUGCACCAAAGGGUGAAUACAGUGCCCUUUGUGUUAGUGGGAGCAGAUGAGACUACGAUCAAAGUCCUGAGUCCUCUGCAGGCCUCCGGACUGAACAUGGAGAUCACUCACGAGAAGUUUCACCAGGUCAACUAUGGCUUGGGUGACAUCAUAGGACAAUACCUCAGUGGGGAGAAGCUUAAAGGGCAACUGGAGACCGAGGAAAUGCUCAAGGUGGGUACAACUCUCACAGGCAUAGGUGAGUUAAUACUGGACACGGAUGGCACCCUAAAUCUUCGACCCCCUUCUAAUAAUGCACAGUACUUCUUGAGCAUCACAGACUUUGACACCCUACGACAAGAGCAAGAGAACAUGAAUCUUUGGUGGAAGGCCCUGGCGAUUGCCUCUGCUCUGGCUGGGGCACUGGUCCUCCUCUGGCUCAGUCAACGCUUCUACCAGCACCUAAAAGUUCGGUGGGAGCGAGAAGAGAUGAGGAGGGAAUUUGAGAGACUGCGGGCCGAAGUACCAGCGGAGCCUGAAGAGAAUUACAUAGAAAACGCCUGUGUGAUUUGCCUCUCUCGGCCACGUGACUGCGUUCUGCUGGACUGUGGGCACGUGUGCUGCUGCCACAGCUGCUACACGGCUCUUCCACAACGCAGAUGCCCCAUUUGUAGACAGAACAUCAGCAGAGUGAUGCCGGUCUAUCAUGCUUGAGUCAUCUGCGUGACCAUGUGACCUCUGUGAAACAUGAACCACCGUAAUAACUAUCAGCUUUUCACCUCAAAGGUCUAAACUGCUGCUUUUACACCUAAAAAAAGGGGCAAAACUAACUCUUUGAAAAUCUCAUUACUGUCAAGAAUAAGAUUUUCUUUUACGAACAUACUGUAUCUGUUGAUAAACUGUGAAUCAUAAAGCUAUUGCAGAGUUUGAGUGUGGUACUUUUAUCUGAAAUUUGUUAGGAUAAUAAUAAUAUAGGAAAAUGAAAUAACUGGGAAAAGGGUGUAAGUUUAUGCAAUAGAAAUGUUUAUUUUCCUACAUGUUAGUUAUGUGCCUUAUUCUGCUAAUUUAUAUGGCCAAUGCUGUCUCAGAGUGAAUAUACUGUAUGUAUCUGAAUAACUUAACUCUGGUUGUGAGAAGAUUCAGCUUCAGUUACAGGAAGUUACUGAAACUACAACACGUCUAGUGCCAAGACAAAGCUUUAGUGCUAAUCAGUGCACUACUGGCAGGUGAGAGCUUGUAACGUGUUGGUUUGUUGAAACAAUUUCAGUAAAGCAACACUCUUUAAAAUCA